AUGGCCCCCAAGGGAGGCGAGACAACACUGCCCUCUCAGAUCACCUUUUGGCGCAUGGUCUUUGAUCAAAGAGUCGUUACGGAGGAAAUCGUGCAAUAUCCAUAUACAGGCUCCGGCACCGAGGAUGAUCCCUAUGCAGUGAUCUGGAUCCCAAAUGAUCCACGAAACCCAAUGAACUUUGCGGCAACGAAGAAAUGGGCCAUCACGCUGUUAGUGUCGUUUGUCACUCUGGCCGUCUCACUAGUAUCAUCCGCGUUCUCAGGCGGCAUGAGCCAGAUCAUGGAGGACUUUGGAUCGCCCGAAGAAGUCGUCAUCUUAGGUGUUUCCUUGUUCGUCUUGGGAUUCGCGAUUGGUCCAUUGAUCUGGGCUCCUCUGAGUGAGAUCUUCGGCCGUCGCCAUAUCUUCACUAUCUCAUUCAUGUUCUUGACUGCAUUCAAUGCCGGUGCAGCGGGAGCCCAGAACAUCCAAACCCUCAUCAUUCUUCGUUUCCUAGCGGGAUCGUUUGGCUCUUCGCCAUUCGGUAAUGCAGGUGGCACUAUUGCGGACAUGUUCCCAGCUUCGCAGCGUGGAAUCGCCAUUUCUCUCUUCGCCGCAGCACCAUUCCUAGGUCCUACCUUAGGCCCUGUCAUCGGCGGUUUCCUCGCCACCGGCGCAGGCUGGCGCUGGGUUGAAGGCUUCCUCGCCGCCUUCUCCGGCGCUCUCUGGUUAUGCAUUAUCUUCCUUCUCCCGGAGACAUACGCCCCAGUCCUUCUUCGCCGACGAGCAGAGAAACUCUCAGCUCUGACCGGCGACGUCUACCGCAGCCAUCUCGACAUAGCCCGUGGCCCUGUUCCAAUGAGCCAGACCUUAAAAACCGCCCUCUCCCGCCCCUGGAUCCUCCUCUUCCGCGAGCCAAUCGUGCUCCUCUUCUCAAUCUACAUGUCCAUCAUCUACGGCACCCUGUACAUGCUCUUCGCCGCCUAUCCAAUCGUCUUCCAGCAAACCCGCGGCUGGUCCGAAGGCAUCGGCGGUCUAGCCUUCCUAGGAAUCCUCGUGGGAAUGGUAAUAGCAGUAGCCUACACCUUCCCCGAGAAUUUCCGCUACGCAAAGAAAUGCGCCCAAACAACCGACAGACUCGCUCCCGAACUUCGCCUCCCACCAAGUAUGGUCGGCGGCAUAGCCCUCCCCAAUCGUAUCCACUGGAUGGCCUCGGUAGCAGCAGGCGCACCUUUCGGCUUUGGAAUGGUCCUCGUCUUCCUCAGUGUAUUCAACUACCUCAUCGAUUCCUACACCAUCUUCGCGGCGUCCGUGCUAGCAGCAAACUCAGCCCUCCGCUCUUUGUUCGGCAUGGCCUUCCCUCUUUUCACCACAUACAUGUAUCAGAACCUGGGAAUUCACUGGGCGUCCUCGAUCCCGGCAUUCCUCUCGCUGGCAUGCGUGCCCUUCCCAUUCAUCUUCUACAAAUACGGCGCUCAAAUCCGGAAACGCUGUACCUACGCCGCUGAAGCAGAUGCAUUCAUGGAGCGUCUCGCCCAGAAGAAUCAGGCUCAGGCCGGGGCGCGGAUUGAGAAGGAGGAGGAGGAAUCCGAGAAGACGGAUCCAAAUGCUAUUCUGCCCGAUGAGGUUGAUUCGAGCGACGAUGAUACUUUGUCCACUGUUCCUUCGCGCGGUACGAUCGCUCGCCAUGCUUCCCGUGCUUCGCGGCAGUCUGGCCGUUCUAUGCAUCGUGUUGCUACUGCUACUCAGUAUGAAGAGAAUCCUUAUGAUUUGGAUUUGGUUAAUACCAAGCAGUCGGCUAUUAGUGGACAUCGCAAGGAUUGA